AUGAAUAACUCUUUUAAAUUAUGCCAUAAGACUUCUUUUCCAAGAGGCAAUAUAUUCUGCAACCUCAUUGACAAGAUAGUUAAGAGACCUUCUCUGCAGUUCCUGGGUCAGUGGGGAUACCACUGCUACGAGCCCAGGAUUUACAGAACGCUGGCAAAAAUUCUGAGGUAUGUUGACUUGGAUGGCUUUGACACACUCCUCAGUGACUAUAUUGCAUUUGUGGAAAAGUCAGGGCACCGCUUUGAACUCAAUUUCAACCUGGAAUUUACUGAAAUAUGCGUGAAUACCAUUCUGUACUGGGUUUUUGCCAGAAAAGGAAACCCUGACUUUGUGGAGCUUCUUCUCAAGAAGACGAAGGACUACGUCCAGGACAGAAGCUGCAACCUGGCGCUCAUAUGGAGAACCUUCACGCCUGUGUACUGCCCUAGCCCACUGAGUGGCAUCACACCUCUACUCUAUGUGGCUCAGACAAGACAGUCAAAUAUCUUAAAAAUUCUCCUGCAGUAUGGAAUCCUAGAAAGAGAAAAAAAACCUAUCAACAUUGUUUUAACAAUACUACUGUACCCUUCGAGAGUGAGAAUAAUGGUUGAUCAUGAGUUGAUUGACAUUCAAGAAGAUGCCAAGACAUGUUUAAUACUAUGUUCCAGAGUGCUUUCUGCAAUCUCCAUCCGGGAGAUAGAGACACAGCUGAGCUUGGGAAGACGUCCAAUUAUUCAAAAUUGGUUGGACUACAUCCCUCCAACGAGAUACAAAGAUCCGUGUGAACUCGUCCACCUCUGCAGAAUAACCAUCAGGACCCAACUGUUGGCCAACAAUAUGCUCCCAAAUGGAAUAUUUUCACUUUUAAUUCCCGCGCGUCUACAAAACUUCCUAAAUCUGGAAAGCUAACAUGCAUCUGUAUGCAGUUCUUUAGGAUGACAGCACUGUAAAUUUAGAAGUUAAUAAACUAUUAACUUCACACAA